AUGGCAAAGGAGUAUGCUUUCAGGAAGCUGCAACAAAUUCUUCUGAGUAACUACAGAAGCUUGCGUGGCCGUCCUGUUGAUCUCAAGACCUGCUUACUAAGCAAUUACCGUCACCUCUUUCUGGAUGGACGCCCUGCAACUUCCAGUGCCAGGGUAUCACACCAGCCCUGCACAUGUGGCGAUCCUGGCGAUGAGAAAUUGCGUGCGCAUUCUCUGACGAUCUGCGGGAGCGAGUGCAGGAGAAGCUGUUGUGGAAUUUGCCAAUUUGAGCUGCUUCGAGUCUUGGAUCUGGAAGAAUGCUAGGAUUUGAAGGACCAUCAUAUGGAUGGCAUACACAAGCUGUGGCAUCUGAGGUAUCUAAGUCUCGGGGCCACCGUUAGCCACCUUCCAAGCAAAAUUGAGAAAUUGCAUUGCUUAGAGACACUUGACAUGAGGAAGGCCAUGAUAGAAAUAUUGCCUGUUGAAGUCUUAAAGCUGCCCCACCUAGCUCACAUGUUAGGAAAGUUCAAACUUGGGAAGAGGGACUGGAAGAUGGGUGAAUUGGACAAGUUCUUGCCGAAAGAAAGCAACUUGCAGACUCUAGCAGGAUUUGUCACAGAUAGCAACCGUGGUUUUCCCUUGCUAUUGGUUCGUAUGAAGAAGUUGAGAAAGGUUAAGAUAUGGUGCAAUGAAGAUGAUUGUGUGGGCUUAGCUGAACUGUCGACAGGUAUCAAGAAGUUUGUUGAGGAUGAAUUGGACACAAGUAUCGGUGCUUGCUGUCUAUCACUAAAUUUCAUGAAUUCCUCGGGGAACAUCCUGCAUUCUCUACAGAAUUCGUUUGGCUAUCUCAGCUCCCUGAAACUACACGGGGCGCUGAGUGGACUGACCCAGUUUGCUACAUCGCUAUGUGGUCUCACCGAGUUGUGCCUCUCAUCGACUAAUAAUCUGAUGAGCAAUGAGAUACUAAACCUGCGUAAGUUGAUCCAUUUGGAGUACCUAAAACUAGUGAAAAUCAGCCUUGGAGGCUUUACCAUCAGAAGACAGGAUCUCCCAAGACUGCUACGCCUAUGCCUUGUGCAGAGUCCAACCCUCCCUACAAUUGAAGAAGGAGCUUUGCGGAAUAUCAUUUCACUGCAGCUUCUCAGCGAAGAUCUAGGUGACGUAUCUGGCAUCGAAAUAAGGAGGUCUGUGCACCUCCAGGAAGUUGCUCUUGAUUCUGAGAUCAGCCAGCUGGAAGCUAAAACAGUUUGGGAAGAUGCAGCUAAGAAGCACCCAAAGAGGCCAAGGGUUUUGUAUCUCAAAAGGGUUGAUCCGCAGGGAACAGGUUCCAUGGUGAAAUAUGUUACUGCUAGGGGAUCCGCACAUGAGACCGACUGCGCCAUCACGCAGGAGAUGAAGUCUCAAGGUGAGGCCUCAUCAAAUUCUGAAAACCCUAAUUUUGGUGGUACUAAGCAUGGAAAGCGGUCGCAAAGUGCUGAUGAUGAGCAUGGAAAGACAAAAGAAUCUAAUCGUCACACCGGUGAUGGGGAAGAUAAAAACUAUAAGAGACAUACGAGGUUUUCUCAGAAGGCAGGGGUCGUGAUCGAGGGAACAGCUCUCUCUAGGAAUGCUGUGAAAAACAAUGCGAUUAGAUCAGACUCUUGUCAGAUUGGGAAGUGUAAGGCGGAUGCCAUAAGAGUGGCAAAAGACAGAAAAAUGGCUCUGAAGUUAGGCCCCUUGGACAACUCGAUCGCUUCACUACCAAGCUCAGUGCCAGGAGCCCAGGAAUGAAUAACAGCGGCAGCAGCACGCCAUAGAAGGGGUCCCCGUCGAUGCCAAAAGUGCCAUGGAGAUGACCCGGAGGCACGGCAGGAUUACCACGUACAAGAAUCUAUUCACCUAAUCCGAAGGAUGAGAAGCAUUCAGAAGAAGUCAUCUUGAU